AGGCGGACCUGGCAUAAUUCGGAUCGGGAGGGCAAUUUGAAGACCAUCUGAUGAAUCAAGACGUUAGGAUCACACGCGGCCCCAUCGGCAGAGGUUCGAAUACAGAUGCAAUGAAUCGUUUCUCUGAGAAACAUCGGAUGGAGAGGAUCGAUGCAUCCCACCCGACCAGGAAGUCCGACGGGGCACUCAAGCCCAAGCAUCGAGAGGGGAGAUGCGAAAAGACUCGGAAGAGGAGUGCUUCGCGGGAAGCGAGCUCUUUGCCAAGACUUCCGGUUUCUAGCAUGUCUGGAGACCUGAAAACGUUCGUCGAUCUACCGAUUGGGAUGCUGUCAGGUGUGGAAUCCACAACAGUCGAUACGAUUGUCCCCAACGGAUUUUUGCGGGUAGAAAACGCCACGAACACUUCGAUGAAAUCAUCGAGAAACGCCGAGCGUUCGCUCCCGCUCGAAGAUAUGAUGCUGUAUAAUUGGCAAAAAAAGACCAUGAGUGUUCUUCGCGCGAAUCGAGUGCUCGAAGAAACCUGGAAGAUCAGGGAUCCCCUGGCGCAAGCCCUCUGUCGUGCCAGCUCGAUCAUAAUGAGGAACAACGAUGUAUACGUUUCCGUCGCCCUAUGCAACUCGUAUGCAGUCCAGGUGUACGACCUGGAAUCAGGACAACUGAUCGCGCACGUUUUCUCUUACUACCUGCCGGGAUCGAGAAAAAUUCUGCUGAGCUCCUAUCAUGGUCGGAUUUAUCUCGCUGAGCUCGGGAAGAAAGCCAUAUUCGAAAUAAGCUCGGAGUAUCGACUACGGAGAGUCGCCGUUGUCGGCAAACCCAUUGGAAACUUCUGGGUCGAUCGGCACGAUCUGGUUUCCUUCGCGUGUACAUAUAUCCAGUCUGAUAACGGACUUCUGCACGCUUUUCUGUGGGCUAGAGACCAUGAGAUCAAUUUUGAACUGAAUCACGCCGAUCUAUUCAAUUGCCUGAUGUUCGGUUGCCACGAUGGGAACUACUUCCUCCUUUCCAGAGAUUCGCGCAGGAUCCGCGCGGUCAAUGGAAGGACAGAAACCUGGAGGAUUGAACUACCGGAAAAAAUAAUUUUUCCUCACUCUUUCAAGCAUUGCAAGGAAUCGAUAUAUCUCUUGACAGCCGACAAAAUUCAUGUAUUCAACACGAAGACCCGACUCACUUCGACCAUUGAUUGUUCUCGGGCUGCGCGACAACUAGAUGAAGAAUGCAGGCUCAUCCUACGCAUGACGACAUCGCUAUCCGCAAUCGACGCGAAACGAUGAGAAAAUUCGCAAACGCAUUAUUUCUCCAUGCUGCUUAUAUUCACCAUGAUACCGAAAUGAUAAUUGUGACAUUCUCGGGAGUAGCUGCUUGAGUACCGAGACUUUUCUCCCAGCGAUAGAUGAACUCGGAGUUGAUCCGGGAAAGCACCAAAGUUCCGCAUCUUAAACGCUGUCCAUAGAUCCUACACUCUACUUUAAUGUGAAAGAACUGAAGAAUAAACUUG